AUUUGACCUUGGGUGCACCUGUCAAGGUUAUGUGAAGUUUUCGGAGAAUGUUUUGGCAAUUACCGUGAAGCUGCGAGACUUUACCGAAAUCGGUAUCCAAACAGACGACAUCCAAAUAAUACCGUCAUUCGGAGGCUUAAGAUAAGAGCCGAACAGGGUCAGUUGACUCGUCGUCACGCUAAACGUGAUUAUGAUGUUGAUGAUGUACGUGUUCUGGCUGUCUUAGCGACUGUUCGCAUUGACCCUCAUAUUAGUACGCGCCAAAUAGCUAGACAAACAGGUAUACCUCAGAGAACGAUUGUGAGAAUUUUGAGGAAAAAGAAGCAUCAUCCAUACCAUAUCACAUUAACACAGGCUCUAACUCUAAAUGACAUGCGACAACGUGUACUGUUUUGUCAAUGCCAACAAACCGAUCUACGUAGGUAUGUGCAUCCUCGACAUAUCCAAGGUCUGUUUGUACGAGUUUCACCACGAGUACAUGUUACCGUUAUAUCACGACAAAUGUAAGAUCAUGUACACGGAUACCGAUAGUUUAAUUUAUCAUAUUGAGUGCGAGGACGUGUACGAACAAAUGAAACGCGACAUUGCGCGAUUUGAUACAAGCGAUUACGCGUCCGAUAACAUUUAUAGUAUUCCGCUCAUGAAUAAAAAGGUACCAGGUUUAAUGAAAGAUGAGAACAACGGCGCGAUCAUGACGGAAUUCGUGGGGCUCAGAGCGAAUAUGUACGCGUUGAAAGUAGAUAGCAAAAAAGAUACGAAGCAAGCGAAAGGUGUUAAGAGUAAUGUAGUCGCAAGAACAAUAACGUUUGACGAUUACAUGCAGUGUUUGAGGGAAAAGAUCGAAAUGACUCGAGAUCAAUCCCGUAUAACAUCGCAGCUGCAUAACGUGUAUACCGUUCGUGAGACGAAAAUCGCUCUUAAUCCGUACGAUGAUAAACGCUACGUCAUACCCGAUACGACCGAUACGCUACCGUGGGGACAUUUUCAAAUACCAUUGUAAAAUAUGUACCUUAUAAACUAUAUAUCGUAGGAUAAGGAUAUCAAUAAAGAAUUGUAUUACAUAUAUCAUUUUAUUUCCAUAUAAUAUAUAUUUUAUAUCAUAUAGGUGUAAUGUAUCGCUGUGCAACGGAUAGCUCGCGAGUAAUCCAGGUCGGUGAGAUCGUAUGCGAUAGGACGGGUAGUUGAGUGAGUAGCCUCUGUUGAUAAGAGAACGCGGAUUUAUUCAGGUUCUAUUCAUGAUAAUACAGAUUGAACGUCGGACUUACAACUAACGACGGAAUGCGCGAACUUAUAACUAACGACGGAAUACGCGAACUUAUAACUACCGACGGAAUACGCGGACUUAGAACUAAGGAGCCGCUCAGUACGCGGGCUUGCGGUGGAGUGCCGCUCAAUACGCGGGCUUGCGGGAAGGAAUUGCAGGAUCGGUUGCCGCUCAAUACGCGAACUCGGAAGGCCAGAGUCGGAGUGCUCUGGCCGGGGAAUGGUGUCGGUCUCCUUGCUCGUCGCGCGUAUAUACUGCUGUCUUGGUGACGCGGAGCCUGGCGGCGUGGUGCAGGAGGUCGUCGCGGUGGGGAAGCGGAAUCGGCGGCUCGCUUUGUGGUGCGGGGGACGUUGCGGUGGGGAAGCGGGAUUCGGCGGUUCUUCCGCGACCCGCGCUCGCUUCGCGGGUUGCAGUGGCG